AUGCCUUUGCACAGUGAGCCGCUUCAGAACGGCAUCGUCAUGCGUCGCGACCUGGUUCUCAUGGACGACAACUUCUCCACCAUUGUCCUGGCCAUCGAGGAAGGCCGGCGGAUCUUCACCAAUGUGCAGAAGUACGUGACCGCCAACUUGAGCCUCAAGUUCGGAGAGAUGCUGAGCUUAAUGAUCUCCAUAGCCUUGGGCCUCGUCGUGCCUCUGAAGCCGACGCUGCAGCUGCUGAACCUUUUCGUCACGCACGUGCUAUGCACCAUGUGCUAUGCCUUCGAAGAGGCGGAAGACUACAUCAUGAAGGUACCGCCCCGGGACACGAACACGAGCAUGGUGCUGACAAAGCCUUUGGUUCUCCUUCGCACCUCGGCAUGA